CCGUCAUUCCGACCAAAAGGUCCACCACCAACUCACUAUACCAACAACAAUCCAAGCAACAACAAAGUAUCAGCGAUCCCCACCAUCUCCACCAUGGCCACACUCUCUGAACCAAAAGACAACAAGGAUGUCCAAGCAUCUGCUCGUCAACGAGGUGCAUCUACAAUGGACUUCAAAUCCGCUACCACUGGAGUCGCAGCCAAAACCAUGCGAAACGAACUGAACCGCAUGGUCAGCGGUGUGACUGAGCCGUCAAAGAAGAAGAUGUUUGAUGCUGAGAUGCAAUCCUUCUUCCUCCUUUUCAACCGAUUCUUGACAGAGCGAGCCAAGGGCGAAAAGCUUGACUGGGAGAAAAUCAAGGCCCCAAAACCCGAGCAAGUCCGCCCUUACAAAGUUCUCCCCAAUGUCGACCCUGCCAUCCUCAACAAGCUUGCUGUGCUCAAGCUCAACGGAGGUCUCGGAACGACCAUGGGAUGUGUUGGACCCAAAUCUGUUAUUGAGGUCCGAGACAACAUGACCUUCCUCGACUUGUCUGUCAGGCAGAUCGAGCACCUCAACUCGGAAUACAACGUCAAUGUCCCUUUCAUCUUGAUGAACUCUUUCAACACCGACGAUGACACUGCCCGAAUCAUUCAAAAGUAUCAGAACCACAACAUCAACAUUCUCACCUUUGAGCAAUCUCGAUACCCCCGUGUGGACAAGGAGUCUCUCCUCCCAUGUCCUAGAGAGGCUGCCAGUGAUAAGGCUAACUGGUAUCCCCCAGGACACGGAGAUAUCUUCGAUGCCGUGACCAACUCCGGAUUACUCGACAAACUCAUCGCCGCUGGAAAGGAAUACAUCUUUAUUUCAAAUGUCGACAACUUGGGAGCCGUUGUGGACCUGAACAUUUUCCAGACCAUGAUUGACUCUCAGGCAGAGUACGUCAUGGAGGUCACCGAUAAGACCAAGGCGGAUAUCAAGGGAGGUACCAUCAUCGACUAUGAGGGCAAGGUCAGGCUUCUGGAGGUCGCUCAGGUGCCCAAGGACCACAUGGACGAAUUCUGCUCGACUCGAAAGUUCAAGAUCUUCAACACCAACAAUAUCUGGUGCAACCUCAAGGCUAUCAAGCGAGUCAUGGAUGAAGACGCACUGAACCUGGAGAUAAUUGUCAACAACAAGGUUACCGAGCAGGGUCAGGCCGUCAUCCAGCUCGAGACUGCCAUUGGAGCUGCCAUCAAGCACUUUGAGAGCGCAAUCGGAAUCAACGUUCCUCGAUCCCGAUUCUUGCCCGUCAAGUCAUGCUCCGAUCUCUUGUUGAUCAAAUCCAAAUUGUACAACCUUGAACACGGUGUCUUGACCAUGGACAAGUCGAGAGAAUUUGGAGGUACCCCUGUUGUCAAGCUCGGAGACCACUUCAAGAAGGUCGCGAACUUUGAAAAGCGCUUCAAAUCCAUCCCAAACAUUACCGAGUUGGAUCACUUGACAGUGUCUGGAGAUGUCUGGUUCGGAAAGGGAAUUCGACUCGCUGGAACCUGUAUCAUUGUUGCCAACGAAGGUAACAAGAUCAUGUUGCCCGAUGGAACCAACUUGGAAAACAAGUUGAUCACUGGAAACCUCAACAUUAUCGACCAUUAAGAGGAGGUCAAGAGAUUCUUGUGUGGUGGAGCUCUGUAGACGAAAGCUGAGGUGGACUAUACGCCUUUCAUAGUCUCAUGCAUACGAAACAUGCUCGACG